GUCUCACAAUCAGGAAAUCUUUGUUAUUGUUGUUCCUAGCUCAGUAUUUCUGAAAUGAAACAGAAUUGAAAAGAAGCUUGGUAAUAAAAUAAUGGAGGAAGAGAACCAGUUACCGCUGAAGCGGGUAGAGCUGUCGUUGUCUAAGUUCAACGACGUCGCGAUCCCUCACCACUUGGAGCUACUUAGACAACACAAGGCUAACAUUAUCAAGCAUGAAGAAGCGGGCCAGUAUGCACAAGUCCGUCGCGAGCAGGCCGGCGCCGGUCGCGCUGCAGCGCGCCUGCGGUCCCUUCUUGCUGAGCUCGCUGCGCUGCGGGCGCGCGUGCGGGACCCCGACCGCCAAGCCUUCGACACCCGGACACAGCGGUCGAGGGACCUGACGUUGCAAGCUAUUAUGGACUACCUUGAAUCAUCACCAAUGAGCAUAAGUCGGUCAGACCGAAGCAUGACAGCGGUGGCGGGUAGUGCGGUGUCUACUGACUCAGUGGGCGUGGUCGCGCACGCAAGAGCGAGAGCGGAGACAGGCCAGAGUGAGAUAGAAGACGACUGCGAUGUACCGGUGCUGCAACUUCAGGUCGAUGACCGGGUGCGUACCUAG